AUGCAGCAGCAGCAGCAGCAGCAGCAACAACAGCAACUGCUUUUGCUGCAGCAGCUGGCGCAGCAGCAGGGACCCACGCUGCAGCAACAAGACCGCCUGGGCCAGCAGCACACGCGUUACAUGCAGCAGCCGCUUGUGCAGCAGCAGCAGCAGCUGCUACAGCAGCGCAUGCUGCAGCAGCAAAUGCUGCAGCAACACGUGAUGCGGCAACAGCAGCAGCAGCAGCAACAGCCACCACAGCAUCCGCAGCACCACCUUCCCGGCGCUCCCUUGAUGCCGCAGCCUCUUCCGCUGCAGCAGCAACUGCAGCAGCAGCAGCAGCAACUGCAGCAGCAGCAACUGCAGCAGCAGCAGCAGCUGCAGCAGCAGCAGCUGCAGCAGCAGCAGCUGCAGCAGCAGCAGCUGCAGCAGCAGCAGCAUGGCUUCCCGUCAUCAACGCCGCAGCACAGAGUCCAGCCCCCCUGUUCUGUAAUACCACCACGCCCUUUGCCGCCGCCGCAGCAGCUGCUGCAGCAGCCACAGGCAGCUUGGCUGCAGCAGCAGCGCUAUAGUAAGCAGCUGCAGCAGCAGCAGCUGCAGCAGCAGCAGCUGCAGCAGCAGCAGCUGCAGCAACAGCAGUUGCAGCACCAGCAGCUGCAGCAACAGCAGUUGCAGCAACAGCAGUUGCAGCAGCAGCAGUUGCAGCAGCAGCAGUUGCAACAACAGCAGUUGCAGCAGCAGCAGUUGCAGCAGCAGCACUUGCAGCAGCAGCAGCAGCUGCAGCAGCAGCAACAUAGAGGCCCUCUCCAUCUGCCUCCUCUUGGGUUCCCUCCUCCUCUGAGCUGCAGUGACACUCCGCGGGGAGCUGCAGCAGCAGCAGCUGCUGCUGUUGCUGCUGCGACAGCAGCAGCUGCUGCUGCUGCUGUGAGGAAGGCAGCAGCGACAGCAGCAACUGUUGCUGCACGGAAGCAGCCCCUCAUGCGGCAUACAUCUCCUGCUGCAGGGGGCGACGCCGAACUGACAGCAGCAGCAAGAGCAGCAGCAGCAGCAGCUGUUGCUGCUGCUGGCAACGCUUUAACGAGGCAGAUUGCAGCAGCUGCAGCUCCAGCUGCUGCUCAGCCAGCAGCAGCAGCAGCAGCAACAACAAUGUACGAGGGAACGCGGCCGCAGCCAGCUGAGAAGGAAGCAGCGGUAGCAGCAGCAGCAGCAGCAGCACGAGCAGCAGCAGCAGCAGCGGAAGCAAAAGCUGCAGCAACAGCAGCAACGCCGACAACGCCGGGAAGACCUCAAGUGCGGCCAUCGCGAACAGCAGCAGCGACAGCAGCAGCAGCAGCAACAGCAGCAGCAGCAGCAGCUGUAGCAACGAAGUCAGCCUCAGCAUCGUUGCCGCCGACAGCAGGAGGAGCAGCAGCAGCAGCAGCACAGCCAGCAGCAGCAGCAGCAGCUUCUCCACCGGCAGCACCUUCUUCAGUGCCAGCCGUUGCAACAGCAGCAGCAGCGCCUGUUGCAGCAACAGCAGCAGCACCUGCUGCCGCGACAGCAGCAGCAGCAGCAGCGCCCGUUGCAGCAAAAGGAGCAGCAGCAUCAGUCCCUCGUGCAGCAACCGCAGCAGCAGCAGCGCCCGUUGCAGCAAAAGCAGCAGCAGCAGCAGCAGCGCCCGUUGCAGCAACAGCAGCAGCAGCAGCGCCCCUUGCAGCAAAAGCAUCAGCAGCAGCGCCCGUUUCAUCAAAAGCAGCAGCAGCUGCAGUCCCUCUCGCAGCAAAAGCACCAGCAGCAGCGCCCGUUGCAGCAAAAGGAGCAGCAGCAGCAGCCCCUCUUGCAGCAACAGCAGCAGCAGCAGCGUCAGGAGCAGCAAAAGCAGUAGCAGCGGCAGCAACAGCAGCAACAGCAGCAGCGCCCCUUGCAGCAAAAGCAGCAGCAGCGACAGUCCCUCUUGCAGCAACAGCAGCAGCAGCAGCAGCGCCCGUUGCAGCGAAAUCAUCAUCAGCAGCAGCCCCUGUUGCAGCAGCAGCGGCAGUAGCAGCAGCAAAGCCCGUCGCAGCAAAUGCAGCAGCAGCAGCAGCACCUCUCGCAGCAACAGCAGCAGCAGCGCCCGUUCCAGCAAAAGCAGCAGCAGCAGCAGCUGCCCCUCUUCCAGCAAGAGCAGCCGCGGCAACAACGCCUGUUGCAGCAAACGCAGCAGCAGCAGCAGCAGCAGCAACCCCUCGUGCAGCAAAAGUAGCAGCAGCAGCAGCAGCGCCCGCUGCAGCAAAAAUAGCAGCAGCGGCAGCCCCUCUUGCAGCAAAAGCAGCAACAGGAACAGCACCAUCACGACCCGUUGCAAAAGCAGCAGCAGCAGCAGCAGCAGCAGCAGCAACAACAGCCGCUGCAGGAGCUGCUGCUGCAGCGCCCGUUGCAGCAGCAGCAGCGUCACCGCCACAAGCAGCAGAAGCAGCAACAGCAGCAACAACACCGCCAGCAGGAGCUGCGGCAGCACCAACUGCAACACCAAGUGCAGCAAAAACAGCAGCAGCAGCAGCAGCAGCAGCAGCAGCGGCGCCGCGAGCUAGUGCAGCAGCAGCGCCUCCACUAGGGCAUGCUGCAGCAGCAGCAAAAGAAGCAGCAGCUGCAGCAGGGGGAUCAGCAGCACCAUCCCCAGCUGCAGCAGCAACAGGAACAAAGCCAUUUGCUGCUGCUAAAGAAAUAGCUUCACGAGCAACGGGGGCCGCGUCUUCGCCACUUCCUGCUGCUCCUGCUGCUGCUGCUGCUGCUGCCAGUCGUGCUGCUGCUGCUGCUGCUCCUGUUGCUGCUGCUGCUGCUUCAGGGAAGACGCCCCAUAGCCCAACGCCGCCCCCAGCUGGGAUGACUAUAAAGUUGGCAUCAUUGCGGCAGGCAGCAGCAGCACCUGCUGCUGCUGCUGCUGCUGCUGCUCCUGUUACGCCCCUUGCUGCAACUGCUGCAGCAGCAGCUACUCCAGUUGCUGCUGCUGCUGAGCCGUCGCGUGCUGCUGGCGCCGCUUCCUCUUCUUCGGUAGGGUCAGGAGAAUCUAUGGAAGCAGCAGCAGCAGCAGCAGCAGCAGCAGCAGAUGCAGCAGCAAGCAGCAGCAACUACGCAGUUCACAAGCACCGCAAGAAGGCCUCCCGCCUGACGCAGCGCCGCCGCCGCAAGCCGCUGCAGCAGACACCAAAUGAGCAGCAGCAGCAGCAGCAAGAGUGGGAAGACGCUGCAGCAGAUGAGCAGCAAGAGCAGCAGGAGCUGCAAGAGGAGCAAGAACUGCAGCAGCGGCAGCAGCAACCGCAGCAGCCGCAGCAGCAGCAGCAACAGCAGCAACAGCAGCAUGCCGACAUCUACAACCAGACAGGUGAUGCCGUUUCGCAGCAGAAGCUGGUGCAGCAGCCGCAGCAAUCGGGACUUCAGCAACAACAGCAGCAGCAGCAGCAGCUGCUGCAGCAGCAACCGCAAGAGCAGGAACAGCAGCAGCCCGAGAAGAAAGAGCUUGGCGAGCAGCAGCCACUCUCAAAUAAUCAGCAGCAGGAGCAGCAGCUCGACCAGAAGCAGCCGCUGCUGCAGCAGCAGAACCUCGACCACAAGCAGCCGCUGCUGCAACAGCAGCAGCAACAGCAGCAGCAGCAGCAGCCGCCGCCGCCGCAGCAGCAGCAGCAGCAGCAGCAGCAACUAGAGGGUCCCCGCCUCCGUUUACGGGGCCGCAUGCUGCCGCCCUUGUCUGCACGAGUUACCCGUGCAGGUGCUUCACGCAGCAGCAGCAGCAGCAGCAGCAGCAACGAUGCCCCCGCAGCAGGCGCAGCUGCUGCUGCAGCGGAGGGCCAGGGGACUGCAGCAAGCAUCGUCGACUGGUCUCGCGUGCAGCAGCAGCAGCAGCAGCAGCAGGAGCUGCUGCUGCCGCAAACAGCAGAAGGAUGGGAUGCACUGCUGGGGACUUCGCCUACAUGUGAGGUGUCUGUACACCUGGAGGUGGAGACGCCGGACUACUUGCUGCUGUCGGUGCCGCCGGAGCAGCAGCAGCAGCUGCAGCAGCAGCAGCAGCUGCCGCAGCACCAGAAGCAGCAGCAGCAGCAAGAGGCCGACCCGCGUGAGCAGCAGCAGGGCCUCAAGCUAAUGCUGCUCCAGGAGCAAAUGGACCCGUGCGGCGCUGCUGUUGUUGCGCUGCUGCUGGACCCAGAGGCAGCAGCAGCAGCAGCAGCAGCAGCAGCAGAUGAGCUGCUGCAGCCAGAAGAGACCAAGCUGGUGCGGCUGACGCUCCUAGACGAUGAAGACACAGAAGAGCAGCAGCCCCAGCGCAAACUGCAGCAAGUCAAGCAGCAGAAGCAGCAGCAGCAGCAGCAGCAGCAGCAGCAGCAGCAGCAGCAAGGCCAUCAACACCGAGUCCCACCGCUGGCUGCCCAGCAACUGCCACAGACGCAGCAGCAGCAGCAGCAGCAACAGCAGCAAGAGCAGCAGGAGGUGCAGGAUGGUGGGGGGCCUUCUCUAACUCCAUUACCCAGACAAAGGGUCACAGCACCAGCUGCUGCCUUGCCAACAGCAGCAGCACCAGCUGCAGCAGCACCAGCUGCAGCAGCACCAGCUGCUGCAUCACCAGCUGCUGCAGCACCAGCCGCUGCAGCACCAGCCACUGCGGGAACAGCUGCUGCAGCACCAACCACUGCAGCACCAGGAACUACAAAAACAGCUGCUGCAGCACCAGCUGCUGCAGGAACAGCUGCUGCAGCACCAGCUGCUGCAGGGACAGCUGCUGCAGCACCAACUGCGGCAGAAAAAGUUGCUGCAGCGCCGACUGCAGCAGCACCAGCCGCAGCAGCACCAACUAAAGCACGAGUAGCAGCAGCACCAACUGCAGCAGCGCCAGCAGCAGCAGCACCAGCUGCAGCAGCACCAUCUGCAGCAGCGCCAGCUGCAGCAGCACAAGCUGCAUCAGCACAAAUUGCAGCAGCACCUGCAGCAACCCCCACGAAGGCGGCAGAGGCUGCUGCACCAGCUGCUGCUGCUGCUGCUGCUGCUGCUCAGUUGAAGUGCACAGUAGAGGGAGGGGCUGCUGCCGACGUGGGAUCAGCACAGGCAGCUGCAGCACAUGCAUCCGCUGCAGCAGCAGAAGCAGCAGUGGAGAAGUCGGCAGCAGCAGAGGCUCCUGCUGCUGCUGCUGCUGCUGCUGCUGCGUCGAAGCCAGUGGACGAGCUGCUAAAGGCAGCAAGUUCUCUUGACCCAGACCGCGUGCUGCUGCUGCUCAAGGUGGCGCAGCAGCUGCAGCAGCAGCCGCACAGUGGGGCGGCAGACGUACAAACAAUGCUGCAGGCGGCCAACAGGAGCAGCAACAGCAGCAGCAGCAGCAGCAGCAGCAGCAACAGCGGCAGCAGCACCAACAGCAGCGGCAGCAGCAGCGGAAGCAAGUUUAUUCCCGCCGCUGUCUGCCUCUCAGACACGGAUAGCAUGGAGAGCUCAAGGGACGAGGUGCAGCAGGACCGCAGCAGCAGCCUGAACAGCAGCAACAGCAGCAGCAGCAGCAGCAGCAGCAGCAGCAGCAGCAACGGUGGCGGCGUCUUCUACUUUGCGAGUGCCACGGAGCCGCCCGCGAUGGAGCGUCUGCUGCUGCAGGGCUGCGGGCCAGCUGAGCUUGCGGCGCUGGAGCAGCAGCAGCAGCAGCAGCAGCAGCUGCUGCUGCUGCGGAAGAAGCGGCAGCAAGGAGACAAGCGGCUGCUGCACGAAAUGCUGCGGGGAGUGGCAGGCCAUUAUUCAGACUUAGACAUUCCAAUUCCUUGCUUUUUGCUGUCGCGUCCCAGCAGAGCAGCGCAUGCAGCAGCAGCACAGAUGUGGCAGCAGCUGCUGGGCGACAGCAGCAGCAGCAGCAGCAGCAGCACCGGCGGCGGCUACGGGCUGUGUCAGCAGCAGCAGCAGCAGCAGCAGCGCAGGAAGAAGCGCAUUCUUGCUGCUGGCGGCGCGUGCGUGGACGGCGCGUCUCCCCUGCGGUCGCAGCAGCAGCAGGCGGAGCAGCAGCAGCAGACGGAGCAGCAGCAGCAGCGGGAGUGGAACGGCGUGGCCACAGUUGCUGCUGCUGCUGCUGGCAGCAGCAAAGUGCGGCUGCGAGGCCCAGCAGCAACAGAGGAGGCCUUGAGCCGCAGCAAGUGGUGGGGGCCGCCGACGCCAGCAGGGGCCCCCCGCAGCCGCAGCAGCAGCAGCAGCAGCAGCAGCAGCAGCAGCAGCUGCGGCUGCAGCAGCAACUUGAAAGCCAUCGACACCAGCCUGAGUGGAGUUGCUGGGGGAACUUAUGACCGGGAGAACAGCUAUUUGGGGUGUAUGUACAUCAGCAAGUACAACAGGGAGUUGUGCAGCCGCGUGGCAGCAGCAGGGCGUGGGGUGCUGCUGCUGCCGCUGCAGCAGCAGCAGGAAACCGCUUUUCAGCUGCAGCUGCAGCAGCUGCAGCAGCACGCCGAGGGCGGCUGGCUGCAGCCGCUGCUGGCCCUCAAAGAUGCCCUUUAUGCCCCUUGCAUGCACCAGGGGGCCCCGCUGCAGCUGUCGCAGCAGCUGCUGCAGGCCUUCGGGCUGCAGCAGCUGCCUUCUUCCAAGGCCAACAGAAAGCUCAAGGAACCCCGCAGCGGGCCAGCUGCCUGGGGGGUUCAGGCAAGUCCUGCUGCUGCUGCUGCUGCUGCUGCUGCUGCUGUUGCGAGUGAUGCUGCUGCUGUUGCGAGUGGUGCUGCUGCUGCUGCUGUUGCGAGUGGUGCUGCUGCUGUUGCGAGUGGUGCUGCUGCUGCUGCGAGUGCUGCUGCUGUUGCUGUUGUGGUGGGGUUUUGCUGUUUGCUGCUCUUGCUGCCCGGCUGA